AUGACCGAAACUUCUCUCAAGGUUGAAAAGCCAGUGUCCGACGAUGAGGCCCGCCUCGCAGCUCUGGGUCAGGAGCAGGCCAUGGGCCGCCACUUCAACGUGUGGUCCCUGAUCUUCCUCGCCUUCUGCACAAGUGUCACCUGGGAGGCUCUGACCUCAACCAUGGCUCAGUCCCUUCAAUCGGGCGGUAGCUCAAGUCUGGUCUGGGGGUUCUUUGCCGCAGCGAUCGGCGCUCUAAGCAUCGCCCUCUGCCUCAGCGAGUUCGCCAGUAUGGUGCCAACAGCCGGUGGUCAAUACCACUACGUGGCAGCCCUGUCUCCGCUCAAGUACAGACGCCUGCUUUCGUGGAUCGCCGGCUGGGCCACCAUCUGGAGUUGGAUCCUGUCUGCACUGAUGGGCAUCUUCUCCAAUGCUAUGCGGCUGCAGGCUUACAUUAUUUUGUUCAACCCGGGCUACACGGCCGAGCGAUGGCACACCAGUAUGCUGGUUAUUGCCUUCACUACCUGCUUCCUCGGGAUCAACGUCCUCGGCACACGAUGGCUGCAUCGAUUGACAUUCUUGGGUAUCGUGCUGCACAUUGCAGGUUACGUUACGAUCAUCGUCUAUCUGCUGGUCAAGGUGUACCCGAAGAAUUCGGCCACCUCUGCCGUGGGCCUCAUUAACUGGGACUCGGCCACGCACAUGGCGGAGGAAAUGCAAAAUGCGUCGCGGGAUCUUCCUCGUGUCCUCUGGGGCUGCGUUGCCCUCUCCGGAAUCAUCACCUUCCCCUGGGUUAUCGCGCUGGCAUUCUGCUUGACAGAUAUCGAAGGCCUCCUGAACGGACCUGUCGGCAUGACCUGCCCCUUGGUACAGCUCGUAUACAACGUCUCCGGUGGCGAUCAAGCCAUGACCAUCGGAAUCACAUUCUUCUUCCUUUUCCUGGGCUUCUUCGUCGGUGGCCCCGGAUGUCUUGCCGCCUCGUCCCGCGUCAUCUGGUCCUUCGCGCGUGAAGGUGGCCUCCCGGAGGCCUUCUCACGCGUUCAUAAGCGCCAGGAAGUCCCCGUCAACGCAUUGAUCCUGUCCUGGUUUUGCAUCUCUGCCCUUUGCUUGAUCUACAUUGGCAAUGAGACUGCGUAUUACGGGAUCGGCUCUGGCGUGACCGUCAUCAUGAUCUUCUCCUACGCCAUGCCUAUCUUCCUCCGACUUAUAUACGGAUUCAAGAACACCAACUUGGAGAUGGGACCUUUCACCCUUGGCUCUUGGAGCUUGCCCAUCAAUAUCUUCGCCGCUUGCUGGUCUACUUAUCUGAUCAUCUUCCUGUGCUUCCCUACUCGCAUGCCUGUGAAUGAGGUGAACAUGAACUACUCGCCUCUUAUCUUCGGCGCGUGUCUGUUGAUCACUGCUGUGACAUGGAUGGCGUAUGGUCGCCGGGGUUAUUUGGGGGUGUUGGCUGAGGAAGUCACCCCUGGGGCACCAGCACCGCAGGAGGAGAGCGUGGUAGAUUACGUGGAAGCUAAGAAGCAGGGUUAA